CCGCCGGCUCGCGCGCCUCCCGCCUCCCUCUGGCGAGCCUCGCGCCAAGUCGGGAGGCGCGCGCGCGCGCGCACGAAGCACGUAGCGCGCCAGUGACGCAUAAUAUGUGGGCCGCUCCUGAGCCUGGGUCGCGCUGUGUGUGUGUGAGGGAGAGUGCGGGACCUGAGGCGGUGUGUGUGAACUGUGGCCGCUGGCCGGGUCGCGGGGGAGCGGCGGAGCCGCCCGGGAAGGCCCAGCCAUGACUACGGUAGCAGUACAUGUGGACUCGAAAGCUGAGCUCACUACCCUGCUGGAGCAGUGGGAAAAGGAACAUGGCAGUGGGCAGGACAUGGUACCUAUUCUUACCAGGAUGUCUGAAUUGAUUGAAAAAGAAACUGAAGAAUAUCGUAAGGGGGAUCCAGACCCAUUUGAUGAUCGACAUCCUGGUCGAGCCGAUCCAGAGUGUAUGCUGGGCCAUCUGCUGAGAAUACUCUUCAAGAACGAUGAUUUCAUGAAUGCGCUGGUGAAUGCAUAUGUAAUGACAAGCCGAGAGCCCCCUUUAAAUACUGCAGCUUGCAGACUUCUACUGGAUAUCAUGCCAGGGCUGGAAACUGCUGUUGUUUUUCAAGAAAAGGAAGGAAUUGUCGAAAAUCUUUUUAAAUGGGCCCGAGAGGCUGAUCAGCCAUUGAGGACGUAUUCUACUGGACUAUUAGGAGGUGCUAUGGAAAAUCAGGACAUUGCUGCCAACUAUAGGGAUGAAAAUUCACAGCUGGUAGCAAUUGUGCUUCGAAGACUUCGGGAGCUACAGCUUCAGGAAAUGGCUUUGCGGCAAGAAAGCAAGCGUCCCAGCCCCCGAAAGCUCUCCUCUGAACCCCUUUUGCCUCUGGAUGAAGAAGCGGUGGAUAUGGACUAUGGCGACAUGGCUGUAGAUGUAGUGGAUGGUGAACAAGAGGAAGCCUCUGGAGACAUGGAGAUCUCCUUUCAUCUUGAUUCAGGCCAAAAGACCAGUAGCAGAAUGAACUCAGCAACAAAACCUGAGGAAGGAGGACUGAGGAAACACAAGUCAGCGAAGCAGGGUGACAGAGAGAGCUUUCGGAAAGCCAAGCAGAAGUUGGGUUUCUCAUCAUCGGAACCAGAUCGCAUAUUUGUUGAGCUGUCUAAUAGCAGCUGGUCAGAAAUGUCCCCGUGGGUGAUUGGCACCAAUUACACCCUUUAUCCUAUGACUCCUGCUAUUGAACAGCGACUUAUUCUCCAGUAUUUGACUCCUCUAGGAGAAUACCAGGAGUUACUCCCCAUAUUCAUGCAGCUUGGGUCCCGGGAGCUGAUGAUGUUCUAUAUUGACCUGAAGCAGACCAAUGACGUUCUGCUGACGUUUGAGGCACUCAAGCACCUAGCAUCUCUCCUGCUCCAUAACAAGUUUGCCACAGAAUUUGUUGCACAUGGUGGAGUACAGAAAUUACUGGAAAUUCCUCGCCCCUCUAUGGCUGCAACUGGUGUAUCCAUGUGCUUGUAUUACCUGUCCUACAACCAGGAUGCCAUGGAAAGAGUUUGCAUGCAUCCCCACAAUGUUCUGUCUGAUGUGGUGAACUAUACCCUGUGGUUAAUGGAAUGUUCUCAUGCCUCAGGAUGCUGCCAUGCUACCAUGUUUUUCUCAAUCUGUUUCUCCUUCCGGGCCGUGUUGGAACUCUUUGACCGCUAUGACGGUCUUCGUCGACUGGUGAACUUGAUCAGUACUUUGGAGAUUCUAAAUUUGGAAGAUCAGGGUGCACUUCUGAGUGAUGAUGAAAUAUUUGCUAGCCGACAAACUGGGAAACAUACCUGCAUGGCCUUGCGCAAGUACUUUGAGGCUCACCUGGCCAUUAAAUUGGAACAAGUGAAGCAGUCACUUCAGAGGACUGAGGGUGGCAUUCUUGUGCAUCCGCAGCCCCCGUACAAGGCGUGUUCGUAUACUCAUGAACAGAUUGUGGAAAUGAUGGAGUUUUUGAUAGAAUAUGGCCCAGCGCAGCUCUACUGGGAGCCUGCUGAAGUCUUCCUCAAACUUUCUUGUGUCCAGCUCUUGUUGCAGCUUAUCUCUAUUGCCUGCAAUUGGAAGACCUAUUAUGCCAGGAAUGACACUGUACGCUUUGCUUUGGAUGUCCUGGCUAUUCUUACUGUUGUGCCAAAAAUCCAGCUCCAAUUGGCAGAAUCAGUGGAUGUGCUCGAUGAGGCUGGCUCCACCGUCUCCACUGUAGGUAUCAGCAUUAUUUUGGGAGUGGCUGAGGGUGAGUUCUUUAUCCAUGAUGCUGAGAUUCAGAAGUCAGCACUUCAAAUUAUUAUCAACUGUGUGUGUGGCCCGGAUAACCGAAUUUCCAGUAUUGGCAAGUUUAUCUCUGGAACGCCUCGGAGGAAGCUGCCUCAGACUCCCAAAAGUAGCGAGCACACCCUGGCUAAGAUGUGGAAUGUGGUCCAGUCCAACAAUGGCAUCAAGGUGCUUUUGUCCUUACUGUCCAUCAAGAUGCCCAUCACAGAUGCAGACCAGAUCCGGGCCCUGGCCUGCAAGGCCCUGGUGGGCCUGUCUCGAAGUAGCACUGUCCGGCAGAUCAUCAGCAAGCUGCCCCUCUUCAGCAGCUGCCAGAUCCAGCAGCUGAUGAAGGAACCUGUGCUGCAGGACAAGCGCAGUGACCACGUCAAGUUCUGCAAGUAUGCCGCUGAGCUCAUCGAGCGGGUGUCAGGGAAGCCCCUUCUCAUAGGCACCGAUGUGUCCCUGGCACGACUGCAGAAGGCAGAUGUUGUUGCGCAGUCAAGGAUCUCCUUCCCUGAGAAAGAGCUGCUUCUGUUGAUACGAAACCAUCUCAUUUCUAAAGGACUUGGGGAGACAGCCACUGUGCUGACCAAAGAGGCUGACCUGCCCAUGACUGCUGCCUCCCACUCUUCUGCCUUCACCCCAGUCGCUGCUGCUGCUUCUCCUGUCUCUCUCCCCCGGACCCCUCGCAUCGCCAACGGCAUUGCAACUCGACUGGGCAGCCAUGUGGCUGUGGGUGCCACUGCCCCUCCUGCCCCCACUGCCCAUCCUCAGCCACGGCCCCCCCAGGGCUCACUAGCUCUGCCUGGCCCAUCUUACGCGGGCAACUCCCCUUUGAUUGGCAGGAUCAGCUUUAUCAGAGAGAGACCAUCACCCUGCAAUGGCAGGAAAAUCCGAGUGUUGCGGCAAAAGUCGGACCAUGGCGCCUACAGCCAAAGCCCAGCCAUAAAAAAGCAGUUGGACAGGCAUCUUCCUUCCCCACCUACGCUGGACAGUAUCAUCACAGAAUAUCUGAGAGAGCAGCAUGCGCGCUGCAAGAACCCAGUUGCCACCUGCCCACCUUUCUCCCUCUUUACUCCUCACCAGUGUCCUGAGCCAAAACAGAGGCGGCAGGCGCCCAUAAACUUUACCUCCAGGCUGAACCGCAGAGCAUCGUUUCCAAAGUAUGGCGGGGUGGAUGGCGGGUGCUUCGAUAGGCACCUUAUCUUUAGCAGGUUCCGUCCUAUCUCAGUGUUCCGGGAAGCCAAUGAGGAUGAGAGUGGCUUUACCUGCUGUGCAUUCUCAGCCCGGGAGCGGUUCCUGAUGCUUGGCACCUGCACUGGGCAGUUGAAGCUCUACAAUGUGUUUAGUGGACAGGAGGAGGCCAGCUAUAACUGUCACAACUCGGCCAUCACACACCUUGAACCUUCCAGGGACGGGUCCUUGCUGCUGACAUCCGCUACGUGGAGCCAGCCUCUGUCUGCACUUUGGGGAAUGAAAUCAGUGUUUGAUAUGAAGCAUUCCUUCACAGAAGAUCACUACGUGGAGUUCAGUAAGCACUCCCAGGACCGCGUCAUCGGCACGAAAGGAGACAUCGCCCACAUUUAUGAUAUUCAGACUGGCAACAAGCUGUUGACUCUGUUUAACCCAGAUCUUGCCAACAACUACAAGAGGAACUGUGCCACCUUUAAUCCUACAGAUGAUCUGGUCUUAAAUGAUGGCGUCCUCUGGGAUGUCCGCUCUGCGCAGGCCAUCCACAAGUUCGACAAGUUCAACAUGAACAUCAGUGGUGUUUUCCAUCCGAAUGGGCUGGAGGUCAUCAUUAAUACCGAGAUUUGGGACCUUCGCACUUUCCAUCUUUUACAUACAGUUCCUGCUCUGGAUCAGUGCCGAGUAGUGUUCAACCACACGGGGACAGUGAUGUAUGGAGCUAUGCUGCAGGCAGACGAUGAAGAUGACUUAAUGGAAGAAAGGAUGAAAAGCCCUUUUGGAUCAUCCUUCCGAACAUUUAAUGCAACUGACUACAAACCUAUAGCAACCAUCGAUGUGAAGCGGAACAUCUUCGACCUGUGCACAGACACCAAGGACUGCUACCUGGCUGUCAUCGAGAACCAAAGCAGCAUGGAUGCUCUCAACAUGGACACAGUGUGCAGGCUGUAUGAAGUGGGCAGGCAGCGCCUGGCAGAGGACGAGGAUGAGGAGGAGGACCAGGAGGAGGAGGAGCAGGAGGAAGAAGAUGAUGAUGAAGAUGAUGAUGACACUGAUGAUCUCGAUGACCUUGACACUGACCAAUUGCUGGAGGCGGAGUUGGAGGAGGAUGACAACAACGAGAACGCAGGGGAGGAUGGGGACAAUGACUUCUCUCCCUCUGACGAGGAGCUGGCCAACCUUCUGGAGGAGGGAGAGGACGGGGAGGAUGAAGACUCUGAUGCAGAUGAGGAAGUGGAACUGAUCCUGGGGGACACCGACAGCUCUGACAACUCUGACCUGGAAGAUGACAUCAUCUUAUCUCUGAAUGAGUGAGGAGCAUCACCACGUGGAAGAUUCUUGGCAGGCGAGAACCUGAGUCAAAUGAAUUCACAACACCUUCCCUCCCUCCCCCCCUCCCUCCCUCCCAGGCUGUGUCCUUAAGGAACUGCAUGGCCUGCACUCAGAGGACUGUGGCUUGGAGAGUCCCUGGGCCCCGAGGACCCUUCAGAGCGAACAGCCACCAAGACCCCAGGGGUCGGGCCUAGCCUGUCCCCUUCUCCUCGGAUGGACACACCUUUCCUCUAGGGAAAAACCUGUUUCCGGGGUCAUUUCACAAUAUAUUUUCUUUGUAUAAUGUUCUUUACUUAAAGAACAAGAAAUAGUUUUUUAUAAAACUUAAAAAGAAAAAAAAAAAGCCAAGCAUUUAUAAUUGAGGGUAUGAACUUAUAUCCACCAGGUCCUUGUCCCAUUGCAUUUUCUGCGGAAGAAAAUGACGUCUAGAGAACAAUGCGGAGGCAUUUUUACACGUAUUUAAGUGAAAGGAAAAUCGUGGUUUCUUAAAUUGAUAAGGAUGAAGACUAUUUUAUUAUAAAUAUAAUAUAUGAUUUUUAACCUGUUUUGUUGCCUCACAAGCUGUCAGGCUGACUUGCUCUCCUCUGGGCCAGGGGUGGGAGGAAGGCUGACUCACCGGCUCUAAGCUGGGCAGCAGGCGGUGUGGAUGCUGGUUCGUGGAGUUGAGGGAACUUAGGAUAUGAGUUCACUCCCUCUAGUUUUCUUUGUCCUUCAGUUUUUCAAAAUCAUUUUUUCCUCUUUCCUUUCUCCCCAAUGUGGAAAUUACAAAUCAAAGGCCUUUUUCUUUUAAUGUAAAGUGUAUUUAUUUAAAAAAAUACAAAAUAAACUACAAGCCUGUCUUUG